AUGUUCGUUCCAGACGAACCCGCGUUUUCGUUGGAUGGUUCUCGUCAUUUGCCUGUCACUUCAUCCUCCUAUCUACCCUCUUCAUCCGUGACCGAAUCACACACUACGGGAUCGGGACGUCAUGUACGUCCUUUACUGAAAAAAGCCCAAACAACUGCACUCAAUCGUUUACUGCAGCAGCGUGCCACUCGUCCACCUGGUCCGGUCACUGAAGCCACGAAUUCAGAGCCGGCUACUUCAUCUGGUCCGACAAAUGUAUCCCAUGGUCGAGCCCGAAAAUCAACCACUCGGGGGAACUUAUCAUCCAUGCCUCGGGGUGGCUCCACCUCACGUCGCGGCACUUCUGACAGUAAUCGUACAGCUAACGUUUCCAAUCGAAAGCGAAACCGUCCAGCUUCCAGUCGGCGUGGUUCUGCCACGCGUUUGACGGACGAUAGUGAAUCCUCUCGCGGUUCUUGCUUUAGUUCUGAGAUGUCCUGUGUCUCUGCUUCGGACGAAGCAUCUCACGAAGAUCCGGAGAGCGAAAGCGAAGUGGACAUAGACGAGGACGAUGAUGACGAUUCCGUGGACUCGAUGUCUUCUGAUGACCGAUGGUCCCCUUCACGACACUCGCGCGUCAACCUGGUAGUGGAUGUGCGACGUGGUCGUGUGCGCCGAAAACAUAUACAUUCCAUUGUUCAAUUGUUUACUGAUAGUCGUAUCCGUUAUGUGGCUGCCUACAAUGCAGUUUAUCUUUCACCGGCAGCUCGGGUUCUGGCUGUUUGCUCUCUAAGUCGUCACAUGCGAUUACGUAGUGAAGAAUUACAGUCAUAUGACCAACCAGUAAAUUAA